UGGCACAGAACGGAUGUUGUUAUUGUGACGUUGUUACGCUUUGUCAGUUCAAAGGUUCUGUGCGAUUUAUUUUACACUCCACGUCAGAAUUACGCGCAGUCGGUGGCUUUCGAAGACGGAAGGUAAGAAUAAUGUUGCCAUGACGACCGCCUCCUGACACGAUGAGCGGCGCCGUGCUGAUCGUCGUGCUAGUGGUGGUAUUCUUCCUGGCCUUCUGUCUUCUCCAUCGCUAUGGCGACCUGAGGAGGCAGCAGCGGAUGGUCCUGCUGGGGACGCUGGUGUCCUGGUACCUCUGCUUCCUCAUCGUCUUCGUACUGCCGCUCGACGUCAGCACGACCAUCUACAAGCAGUGUGUGCUGGACAAUGCACACAACCCUGCCGCUGCUGCUGUUGCUGUGACUCCCACAAGGAACUCUAGCAGUCUUUAUCCAACUGACAGUGUGUGUGAAAAGCCAUGGAGUUACAUACCAGAUGGAGUUCUCCCUGUCUUCUGGAGAGUUGUUUACUGGACCUCCCAGUUCCUCACCUGGCUGUUGCUGCCUUUCAUGCAGUCAUAUGCCCGCUCAGGAGCUUUCAGUAUCGUUGGAAGGACAAAAACGGCGCUGGUUGAAAACGCCAUCUACUACGGCACCUAUCUGCUCAUCUUCAUCUCUCUGCUCAUCUCCGUGGCGGCUCACCCUCAGUGGCGACUCACAUGGACAGACUUCCAGACCAUCGGCAUCACCGCUGCCAACACGUGGGGUCUCUUCCUCCUGGUGCUGUUGCUAGGAUACGGCUUGGUGGAAAUCCCACGUUCCUAUUGGCUGUCAUCUCUCCACGCUCACUCGCUGGCCAAGGCCUACUUCAAGGUGGCAAAGAUGGCCAUCGAGAAGGCGGCGGCCGAGGAGAACUUAGCCGAUGUCAUGGAGGAGGUGUCCGUCGUCCAUGUGUCAGUCAAGUAUAACCACUCCCUUAGGAAGUGCGUAGACACCAUUUUGACAAAGUGUCCCGCUGACUACCAAGAAGAGAUGGGCAGAGACGUGGAACGCCCCUCUGAGGAGGAGACGGUCCUCCCAAGCAAAAGAGGCCUGGUUCAGCUUCACAAAAAAGUGAUCUCUGCAGUGCAGAGGUGCCGUCAGACCCAGGUUCAGUGGUCCAUGUUGCUGGAGGAGGUUUUCCAUCUGGAGGACGUCGCUAAGAGCCGCAGCAGCCCGACACGCCUCUUCAUCCACAGCUGUUCGGCAGCGCAACGCCACAGCUGGAUCCGGAGCUUUCUCUACACUCCAAAAAUUGAGUGGUACUGGGAGUGUGUGUUCAGGCAAGUUCUCUACAGGCUGCUGGCAGCGCUGCUGUGCUUCCUCUCGGUAGCAGUUGUCUGGUCCGAGUGCACCUUCUUCAGCACACGUCCUGUCCUUUCCCUCUUUGCUUUCUUCAUCCAGAUGGCUGAAAAGCAACACAACUACAUUUGUAUCGAGGGGGUGUGCUUUGUCACAGUGCUCUUCCUGUGCGUGUGCGUCUACUCCACCGUGUUUCGAAUACGAGUGUUCAACUACUAUUACCUGGCACCGCAUCACCAGACCGACGCCUACAGCCUGCAGUUCAGCGGCAUGCUCUUCUGUCGCCUGACUCCUCCAUUGUGUCUCAACUUCCUGGGUCUGAUCCACAUGGAUUCUGCCGUUUCCCAUCAGGACCGCAUACAGACAUCCUAUACCUCCAUCAUGGGCUCCAUGAAUCUGCUGCCUUUCAUAUCCAACGGCUUCUACAUCUACUACCCCAUGCUGGUACUGCUGCUCUGCUCUGCUACACUGUACAACCUGGGCUCUCGUUGUUUGAACUUGCUGGGCAUCCAUCAAUACGUCACCAAUGACGACCUGACAGCUGACCUCGUGGACGAGGGCAAGGAACUCAUCAGGAGAGAGAGAAGAAAACAACGAAAGGCUGAGGAUGCGGGGAACAGAAGAUGGGUGAGCAACGAGCGAUACGGGGCCACAGGCAGGAGCAGAGCUGGUUACACUGAAAUAAAGGACGAGCAGGAAGAAGACACUAUGGCAGAAGCCAAGGAAGGCGAUAUGUCAUUCACUUGGGGAGAGACACAGCCUGAGGAGCAGCAGAGGAGUCUACUGCCAAAAUAAAGUUACAGUGAACGCCAACGUUUUCAAUGAAGUUGUGACUAAUACUGUAUAUAAUGUUUUUCCGUCUAUAGAUCAGGAGACAUAACUUAUCUUUGAUGGUGUUUUUCAUACCAAAAGGGACAUUUUUAAAAAUGUUUAAACAUGGUUUAAAAUACACCACAUAUGUCAGUCCUGAAAGUGGAAAAAUAAAGUGCCAAGAGCAGUCCCACAUGCCUUCUGGGUCAAAUGGUGACAUAAUUAAGCACCUCUAUAAUCUGUGAAACCACAUGCAUGACCUGUGUCAAAUGUGAAUUAAGAUAAAUGUCUCUUUUAAAUAUUGUUCAUUGUCGGGGCUUGACAUUGUUUGUCUGUGUGCUUAAGUUAUUCAAAUAAAUCAGAUUU